UCGAAGGGAGAUCAAUCUACACGCAUAACAACUUGUCCUUGCGAUAGUAGGGCAUGUCAGUCUCAGUGCUGUUCUGUUGACUGGAAAACAUUUGGAAAACAUUUCGCUAAACAUAGAUUUAAUUACUUUUAAAAUUGUUAGUGACUAUCCUUAGACUUUCCAACAAUGACUAUUUUCUACAAGUUUAAUAGCAUAUCGCAAAAUUUAAACGCUGCUUCCCAGGAUGUCUCAACAGGACAACCGAUCACACCCCAGUUUCUUUCUGGAAAACAGGCUCCAACAGAGGUAUCCAAGGUUUUUUAUGACUUCAAGACAGAUUUACAACCAACGAGAGCCCAGUCAUCUGUGUCAAACCUAAGACCUGGAGAAUACCCAGUUCCCAGUACGAAAAACUACAAGACGUUUAUGGAAAGGCAGACAAAGUUUUUAAUCAGCGAUGGUAAACUUGUGUGGCAAAAACUGCCAGUUGACAAGCCCUUAUAUUUUACUGCUGCAGCCCUUGUACUGGUUGCUACUGCAUGGACUGCCUGGAGUCUCAAAACUUUUGCGUCACCUCCCAAAAAUUGAUGACCACAAUAAGCUCAAACAUUGAGUCUAUUCCUUGCGUAAAACUGAUCUAAUUCUUUCAAAAAUUGUACAAUUAAUUGUAUUACAUGUUGUAAGUAGUUAAAUAAAUCAAAUAUUUGUUUACCACAGUUUGAUUUUUAA